CGCGGAAGUCUUUCUUUUCGAAUUUUUCUCUUUCUUUUCUGUUCACGAACGAGUUUCAUCUUCUCUUUCUUUCUUCUCUGUCUUCUUGUUCAACAUUCUCUUCGGUAGAUAAACAUAUUAGUUCACUGAUUGUUUAUCUACAAUUUUCCCUCUCAUCUUCAUCUCCAUUUCUCAUCACCAAUCAUCUAAUUUUACCUUCUAAUUGUUAUCAUUGUAGUUGCAAUAAUUAGUUAAUUUUUUAUCGAUUUAGUUAAACAAUGUAAGUUAAUUACAAUUUGUGUUGAUCCAUUUUAAUAAAUCACGAUAAUCAUCAUCUCUUUUUCAUCACAAUUUGCUUAUCCAUUUCUGUGUUGAGCUAAAAAUUUUUUGCUCAAAUGAAAAACUCUAAUCACUAAUCAACAUUUUCUUGAUUAGUGUUAAUUGUUGUUGACUUUUUGUUUCAUUAUUAUCAAUUGAUCAUCAUUUUCCUAAAAAAUUCAAGCCAAAAACUGCCAAUCAAUUUGUAAUUGCUCAUGUAAUUAGUCAGUUGUUUUGAUUGAUUAUUUGUCGCAAUUUUUUCAAUUACCUUCAGUCAUGCUGGACAUUGUCAAUGAUUGGACUGACCAGCGACCAGUUAAUAAUAUUUAUAUGCCAAAUAGUGUUAGUUCACCUUCCAAGGGGUCAGUUAAACGACGUCGAUACCUGGACAAUACCAACAAAGAUCUCAAUGAAAGCUUAACCAACGGCGAAAGCAAUAAUAACAUUUCCUAUGGAAACGAGGAAUCCUCUCCAUGUACAAUUAAGGAUUCAUCGGAGAGCCAUGUAAGCUCAACGGUUAAUUUUGAUGGAAGAAGAAAAUUUUACUCGUCUAAUUGGAUGGACAAUGGGACUGAUGGUGAACGGGAAGAGGGUGAAUUGGUGGACGAAGAGGAAGUGGACAAUCCUGACGUCGAUAAAUGUACAAAAAUUGUUUAUAAAAAUUCAAUGAAAAUGAAGAGAAUUGAUUUAAUUACAAGUGUCUCAUCAACUUCAUCAUCGUCAUCACUUGCUAAUGUAAAUCGAGAUAAUUGUAAAUAUUAUGGUUUAACUGAAAGUUUAGAAGAGGAUGAAGAGGAAGAUGAUGAAGACGAGGUGGGAACCGAUGUUACCGAUGAAAAUGAGGAGAUAAUUGAUGAGAAUUUGGUUAUCGAUUAUGACGAUUUGGAUCCUUAUCAGUUUAUCAAGAGUUUACCUCCGUUAACACCUGAGAUGAUCUGUCGUUAUCCCGCUUUACCAUUGAAAACUCGUAGCGCACCCGAGUUUAGUUUGGUCCUCGAUUUGGACGAAACUUUGGUUCAUUGUAGUUUAACUGAACUCGAAGAUGCUUGUUUCACCUUUCCUGUUGUUUUCCAAGACAAUGAGUACAAAGUCUUCGUACGAACCAGGCCACAUUUUCGUCAAUUCCUUGACCAAGUAUCAAAACUUUUCGAGGUGAUACUUUUCACCGCAUCGAAACGCGUUUAUGCCGAUAAACUUGUCAACAUUCUUGACCCUGAGAGAAAAUAUAUAAGGCAUCGAUUAUUUCGAGAACAUUGUAUCUGUAUCAGUGGAAAUUACAUUAAAGAUCUUAAUAUACUUCGAAGAGAUUUAUCAAAGACAAUUAUCAUUGAUAAUUCACUUCAAGCUUUCGGUUAUCAGCUCGAAAAUGGGAUUCCAAUCAAAAGUUGGUUCGAUGAUAAAAACGAUCGAGAAUUGUUGAAUCUACUUCCAUUUCUGAAAGAACUCGUUGAUUCGAAGUGCGAUGUUAGACCGGCGAUUUCCAAUCGUUUCCAUUUAUCAAUAACAAAAGGCGGAGCAAGAAUCAGUUCGAUAAACAAUAAGAUCAAUAAUUGCGCCAAUCAAAAGUCCAAUCCGAUAACCAAUCAAUCAAUAAGAGUUUGUGAUUGAAACAACUACGAGAAAAUCAAAGGAGUUCAUUAAAUUGUUAAACAAUUUGGAUAACAAUUAUCACCACCAAUUCUCAAUACAAACUGAAUCUGAAUGAUGAAAACAAUUGACCAGAUUGAACUCAUCUUAAUCAAUUGGAUUUUAAUUUCGUUUUAAUUGUUGAAACAAGAAAUUGAUUACCAAACGGAGACAUAGAUUAACAUACAGAAACAGCAAACUGAUUUACUAAUCACAAUCUCUAAUUAAUCUUCAUCUUUAAUUACUACCAUUUAUCACUGGAUUGUAUUUAUUAUUAAUCACUUUUCAAUCUGAUUGAUUUUAAUAUUAAAUCAGAGUAAAAAAUUUUCCUUCAACCUGUUUAAUUGUUAGAUAGUUGAUUAACUUGAUUAACUUAAUUUGCAAAGAAAAAAUUUUCUCUUACCUUUAACAAACAAUUAAUAAAAAGUGUUGUUAAAUUGCAAUUAAAUUUUCAUCAAUACAAUUAAUAAACAAC